AUGAUAUCCUCAAAAUAUCUAUUCCCUUUAGGUGUCUUCCUUAUCUUCCUCUUCCCUCUCCAACACGCCUCAAACCCUAAAAAAUGUUCAUCUUCUUUCUUUAGACCAUAUAGAUGUGGACCCUUAGAAGCCCCCAUACGUUUCCCUUUUUGUGACCAUCCAGAAUUCAAUCUCCAUUGCACCGAUCUCAACAAGACAGUCCUAGAACUUCCUAUGUCCGGAACAUUUCUCGUCCGUGAUAUCGACUAUUACAAGCAGCAGAUUUAUAUCAGUGACCCCGAAAACUGUUUGGCUAAACGGCUUUUAACCUUCAACAUGUCAGGAUCUCCUUUCUCUCCUAGCUUCAGUAUCUUGUACACGUUCUUUUCUUGUCCUAAUGAUGUAGUUUUGCCCUCUCCAUAUCGGUCCAUUCGUUGCCUAAACAAUUCUACCGCAUCCUUCUACGCCACUUCUAGUUAUGUUUCUGUAGAGCUUAUGUUUCCUUCUUGUCAGAUCGUGAAGAGAUUACAUGUCCCAUAUAGUUUCGGAGACAUGGAAUUUUCAAGCAUCAUGCUUGAAUGGCUCUCACCAAAUUGCAGAAGUUGUGAAAUGGAAUACUUGAGAUGUGGGUUCAAGAAAAAGUCCUCCCUCGAAGUCAAAUGCCUUGGUGCUAAAAAGCCCGGUCAACUGAGUAGUGGAGUGCUAGCCGUGAUUAUAAGCUUUUCCAUAAUCGGGGCAGUCUCUCUCUUUGGAACUUGUAUUGCUAUCCGCGUCUACAAUUCCCCAAGACAAAGGCAUUCAGCUAUUGCAGCAGCAACGGUACGACAGCAACCAAUAGAGCUUGUGGCGGCGGCGAGGGGUCUUGACCAGUCUACAAUAGAAACAUACAAGAAAGUUGAGCUGGGAGAAAGUAGAAGGCUUCCAGGAACUAAUGGUAUUAUAUGUCCGAUUUGUUUAUCGGAAUAUGCGAGCAAAGAAACCAUACGGCUCAUGCCGGAGUGUGACCAUUGCUUUCACGUGGAAUGUAUUGACGUGUGGCUCAAGCUUCAUGGUUCGUGCCCUCUUUGUCGGAACUCGCGCAAAUGA